UCAGGCCCAUAUUUUUAGGUUUCUUGAGGGUUAUUAAAUCUAAAACCAUCCAUCCACUUUGUAUCUCAUUUUAGGCAUUGGAUAGCCCUGGAAACUUGUGCUUUGAGGGCACUUUGAGAUGUUCCAUUCUGGGAGGGGUGCAGGAGUUAAGAAUUAGACUUUGACUGACUGUGAAACAGAAACAUCACACGGAUCUGGUUUUCCCUGAAUAAAGGCGGUUGAAAUGACACAUUCUAAAAAAGCCACCCCCACAGAAUGAGAUAAUUCAGCUGCCACCAGUUUAGGAGGAAAUGAAACUGUCAAGAGAAAGGAAAUCUGAAAUUAAAUCCAUUCAUCAGUACAUUUUAGAUUCGAGAAAACAGAGUCCUGCCUUCAUUGAGACCACACCAGAGAUGCUGAUAGUCCACAUUCUGCUGUCUGAAGAAAGAACCAGGACCAUGAGGAGUUUCCUUGUCCAGGCUUGGAUUCUAUUCCCAGGCUGUUGGGCUCUGACCGGCCCUAGGGAGGUGAGCGGCCCCGUGGGAGGGUCGGUGUCUGUGCAGUGUCAGUACAACGAGGUGUACCAGAACUAUAAGAAAUACUGGUGCAGAGGAGAAAAGUGGUUUUCCUGCUCCAUAGCUGUUCAGACCAACAGUUCAGAGGCAGAGGUGGCAGGGGACAGAGUCUCCAUCCAAGACAAUCACACACAGUGCACGUUCACUGUGAUCAUGGAGAGCCUGGCACUGGGCGACCAGGAUGUUUACUGGUGCGGGAUAGAGAAGAGCAGCUUUGACGACAUGUUCGCUGUCAACGUGUCUGUUUUCCCAGCUGUUCCUACCUCACCACCGACGACUCCAGAAAAGGACCUGACUGUUGCCACCUCCCCAUGGACUGAAGUGGAAAAAUCCACCUCCUCCUUUAACAGUAGUGAUGCUCCUACCGGUAUAUCAAACCUCGUCCUCCAUAUCCUGAUCCCAUCCAUCCUGUUGGUUCUACUUUUGAUUGUGUUCAUUGCUGUAAAGUUUAGAAGAGCAUCACAGAGGAGGAGCAAAGCCCUUGAGGACACACCAGGACAAAAGGAUAAGAACGUCUAUCUCUAUAACAAGAAUCCUGGGCACACCCUUCCCUUCAGUGCAUCAGAUCCUGCUGCCACUGGCCAGAUGGCAAUCUAUAUGAACAAGCAGCACCUGCCCAGCUCAGCCGAUCCGGUGUCCGACUAUGAAAACAUCCCACUGAGGAGUCAGGUUUCAGGAGGGAGAGAAGCAGUUUCUUCUGGCCCAGAGCACUGCUCAGCCACAGAUCAGCAAGACACCUACGUCAAUAGGUGCCCAAUCACACCCCGUCCCCCCAUGAUUUGUCAUCAAGCAAAGUGUGGGAGAAAAGCUGCAGGCUGAAGCCCUUCCUACUUAUGGGAUAUUUAACAGUUUGUCCUUAUUUUCCUACUGUCCCAUGAAAGCUUCCAGAUGGGCAUUUCCCUCUGCCCUGCUUCUGCUGAGCAAUCUGCAAGCAGCAAGAUGUGGUGGGGAGGUCCCACUUCCAGCAUGACUGUCUUCAGAAAUGUACUGGGGGACAACAGCUACAAAAUGCUUCUCUUUUCCUGGACAUCAGCUUGAAACAGCACAAAUUCUUGGUAGCUCCAGUUCCUGGAGGGCUGGAGGUAUUCCUCUGGUGCUCAUUAUGGCAUCUCUCUGCUCCAAUGCCAAAUAAAUUGCUGUCAAGGUUCCUUCCCCACUCUGAACUCUAGGGUACAGAUGUGGGGACCUGGAUGAAAACCCCCUAAGUUUAUUUUUACCAGUUUAGGUUAAAAAUUCCCCAAGGUACAAACUAUUUUAACUUUUGCCCUUGGACUUUAUCGCUGCCACCACCAAGCAUCUAACAGAUAUAUAAGCAGGAAAGAGCCCACUUGGAAACCAAAUACUCCCAAACCCUACACCCCCUUUCCUGGGGAAGGCUUGAUAAAAAUACUCACCAAUUUGCAUAGGUGAACACAGACCCAAACCCUUGGAUCUUAAGAACAAUGAAAAAGCAAUCAGGUUCUUAAAAGAAGAAUUUUAAUUGAAGAAAAAAAGUAAAAGAAUUCACCUCUGUAAAAUCAGGAUGGUAAAUACCUUACAGGGUAAUCAGAUUCAAAACAUAGAGAAUCCCUCUAGGCAAAUCCUUAAGUUACAAAAAGACACAAAAUCAGGAAUCUACAUUCCAUUCAGCACAGCUUAUUGUCUCAGCCAUUUAAACAAAACAGAAUCUAAUGCAUAUCUAGCUAGAUUACUUACUAAGUUCUAAAUCUCCAUUCCUGUUCUGUUCCCGGCAAAAGCAUCACACAAACCAAGAGAACCCUUUGUUUCUCCCCCACCUCCAGCUUUGAAAGUACCUUGUCUCCUCAUUGGUCAUUUGGUAGGUGCCAGCAAGGUUAUCCUAGCUUCUUAACCCUUUAAGGUGAAAGGGUUUUUCCUCUGGUCAGGAGGGAUUUAAAGGUGUUUACCCUUCCCUUUAUAUUUAUGACAAUUGCUCAUAAAACUCACUUGGUGCAAAGGAGCUUGGUUCUGGGGUUAGAACCUCAGGAUGAUGAGACAACUAUUUGGCUGGAGGUGAUGGUGGGGAAGAGGGUCUCAGGGAGGCUGAGGAAUAGAACCUUGGGGAGAUGAGGGUGUGGAAAUAACACUGUGAAGACGAGGCAGAAGAAAACAGCUUUGUCCUUCAUUUUCCCAGUCAGCAUGGAGUUAAUUGUGAUGGAAUCUUUUUACCCCCAGUCCCAUUUUAGCACAGUGGCUUAGAACAAGAAGGGCACAUGGAUUCCCCCAUUUUAUAGAGGUUACAGUGAAACGAUUGAGAGCCCAUUGCCAGACAUUCUUUUGGACGUCUUUGUCUUUGAUCCGAAAUACCCUGUGGGACACAUCUAAAGAAUUUGGACACUAGGCCAAUAUCAUUCUGGGGUGUAAGAACAGGAGUGUUGUAUGAAAGACACGAGAGAUAAUGGUCCCACUCUACCUGGCACUGGUUAGCCCCAAGCUGGACAUUGUGUCCAGUUCUGGGGGCCACACUUUAAGAAAGAGGUGUACAAGCUGGAGAGAGUCCAGAAAGCUACAAAAAUGAUAAAAGGUUUAGAAAAAUCUCACCUCUGAGGAAAGGUUAAA